UCCAAACGUGCUGGUGUUGGCGUACAUGACGUAAUGACGUACAGGCAUAGUGGAAGUGAACACGUGAGGCCGCAGAAGACACGCGCACGGUGAAAGAAGUAUCAAACUUUCUCUGUCAGGCUGUUAUUGGAGCUCACAGUGACGUCAUGGCCGUGAGAGCUUCCUUUGAGAAGAACAAUGAGAUUGGCUGCUUUGCUAAACUCACCAACACGUACUGCCUGGUCGCCAUCGGCGGUGCUGAAAAUUUUUACAGCGUGUUUGAAGGAGAGUUGUCCGAGAGCAUUCCGGUGGUCCACGCCUCCAUCGCCGGUUGUCGUAUCAUCGGACGCAUGUGUGUGGGCAACCGCCACGGGCUGCUGGUUCCCAACAACACGACGGACCAGGAACUGCAGCACAUCCGAAACUGUCUCCCUUCUUCCGUGAGCAUCCAGCGAGUGGAAGAACGUCUGUCAGCGCUCGGCAACGUCAUCGCGUGCAACGACUACGUGGCGCUCGUCCAUCCGGACCUGGACAGGGAGACGGAGGAGGUUCUGAGCGACACCCUGAACGUGGAGGUGUUCCGGCACACGGUGGCCGAUCAGGUCCUGGUGGGCUCGUACUGCGCCUUCAGCAACCAGGGCGGUCUGGUGCAUCCCAAGACCUCCAUCGAGGACCAGGACGAGCUGUCCUCGCUCCUGCAGGUCCCCCUGGUGACGGGCACGGUGAACCGGGGCAGCGAGGUGAUCGCGGCGGGCAUGGUGGUGAACGACUGGUGCGCCUUCUGCGGACUGGACACCACCAGCACCGAGAUGUCCGUCAUCGAGAGCGUCUUCAGGCUGGGAGACGCCGCGCAACCCGCCGCCAUCACCACCAGCAUGAGGGACUCGCUCAUCGACAGCAUGGCUUAAGAAGACCACCUGUCGCACAUCACCGUCAACAUUUUGAAUUUUGGGGAAUCUUUGGGCCACGCUUGAGGGCGGAAAAGAUGGGGUGCUGACGCCGCCUUAGCUGACCACUAGGGGGUGAGGCCGCAGGAAGUGACACGUUUGUUACCGUUGGCCACGAAACCUUUUUUUUGGUUGUUUUUUGGACGUCUUGUCCGAUGGGUGCGUGAAGAACCGCCGAGGUCACGAGUCUAACAUGCUGUGAUGUCAUCACGUCCUCCAUUAAACGUUUUACAAACUUGUUGCUUUAUUUUUACCUCCCCUCAAAUGAACAUGCGUGCGUGUGAAACAUACAGGGAUCUUAGCAGUGUAUGUGAGAAGAAUGUCAUGUCCCACAAAACUUUUUUUUCAGCUUUCUCUCAAUGUCGAAACCUCCGCCAGGGCUUUUUGAGUCUUUAAACGUUGUGGCAAUAAAACGUGCACGGAGAAGAAUGACAAUCUGACCAGUUUUCCACUUAGCUUUUCAAGUUGACAUUUAUUUACAUUUAAGUACAACUUCACAUCAUUACAACACACACAUUUCACAUUUUGGUUUGUAGAUUUCUCAAUUUCAAUAGUAAAAUAAAAUAAAAAUAAAAAAACUGUGCGAAGUUUGUAGUGUUCCUACCAGGAAUAAUGACGUUUUAUGUUUGCAGUGCAAAAGAUGCUUGUUUGUCUUACAGGAAGUGACACGCCUCACCAUUUCCUGUUUGCAUUAACACACUGGCAAGUCAACUUCAAGAGAAAAGAUGCUCCAACUUGGCAUUUACUUCAAUUGACAACGUUAAACAGAGGAUAAAGGGGCUCUACGGUUUAGCUUAACAUUUCUCUGGCCGUGCUCUUUGAUUGACGGGGGAAAAACACCUUGUCUACGUGUUGUCGUAAUGCUAAUGCAUCUCACACGUGUGGCCUCGUGAGCCCGAUUGUAAAUUUAGUCAAGAUUGCGCGUGCCUGUUAGCAUGCACGCCAACAUUGAUGGAUCACAGAUUUCCAACUGCUGCU